AAACACUACAACACUAAACUUUCAAUUAUUCUGAGUGGAGCGGCGGUCGGAAUUCCAAAGGUUUUCAACGUUGGAUCUGGUUGCGGCGGUGGUUCCGUUGAUUGACUGAUUCGAUGAUUCCCAAGUUUUGACCCAUUUUCCUUCUCCAUGGCCUGCUCUUCUUUCUUCCCCUCUUCCCACUUCUUCAAUCCUCUCUCUUCCUCCUCCUAUUGUUCUCCACCGCCGCCGGUCUCCGCCACUCGUUUCCGCUCCCUUCCAUCCAAACAACUCAACACUCUCUUUACCACAGCCCCUCCUCUCCACCGUAGUUUUUCGGCGCUUCCUCUCUUCUCGGAACACCAUGGCGGCGGUUACAACAACAACAACAACAACAACAACAACAACAAUGGGGGUGGUGGUUGGGGAUACCCCUUUGACUCCGACGACUCUUUUUCACCAUCAAGCCACACCCUUUUCUUCUCAUUGCUUCUCUCUUCAGCUUUCUGCUCCUUCUCCCAACUCGUCCUCGCAAAAUUCGCAAAGGCGAAAACUUUGGCUUCCGAGAAAGAAGCAUUCUCAGAGUCUCUUUGGGAAGUGAAAGGUGGCAAGUGGACAAAGCUAAUCCCUGAUAAUUUCAACGAUUCUUUCGUGACCUCGGAACCCGGUUUGUUCAGUGAGUUAUCAUCCAUUAACUCGACUCAAGUUGUAACCUUUCUGUGGUUCAAGUGCAGGGACCUCUUCCUUCGUUUGAUGCUCCCUGAAGGGUUUCCCAAAAGCGUAACCAGCGAUUACUUGGAGUAUUUGCUGGCAACUCAGUCAUUGCUUUAUGCUGUUGGGUUGGGAAAAGGUGCAAUUCCCACUGCUGCUGCCAUUAAUUGGGUUCUCAAGGAUGGAAUUGGGUACCUCAGUAAGAUUAUGCUGUCCAAUUUCGGCCGCCAUUUCGAUGUUAACCCCAAAGGCUGGAGGUUGUUUGCUGAUCUGCUUGAGAAUGCCGCAUUUGGUUUGGAGAUGUGCACUCCUGCUUUUCCACACUUCUUUGUGCUGAUUGGUGCUGUGGCCGGCGCCUCCCGUUCCGCAGCCGCAUUGAUUCAGGCAUCAACCAGGAGUUGUUUCUUUGCUGGUUUUGCUGCUCAAAGAAAUUUCGCUGAGGUAAUUGCCAAAGGUGAAGUACAAGGAAUGGCAAGCAAGUUUAUCGGUAUCGGGAUUGGUAUAGGAUUGGGUAACUGCAUAGGAUCCUCCACGCCUCUUGUUCUUGCAUCCUUUGGUGUUGUGACUUGGAUUCACAUGUACUGCAAUCUGAAGUCAUACCAGUCAAUUCAAUUAAGGACUUUGAAUCCUUAUCGUGCAAGUUUGGUUUUCAGUGAAUAUCUACUGAGUGGCCAGGCACCUCCAGUUAAAGAGGUCAAUGAUGAGGAGCCAUUAUUUCCAGCUGUACCCAUUUUAAAUGCAACGUUUGCAAAUAAAGCAAAAUCAAAUGCAUUGUCAUCUGAAGCAAAGGACGCGGCUGCAGAAAUUGAACGGCGUCUAGAACUUGGGUCCAAGCUUAGUGAAAUUGUCAGCAGCAAGGAUGACGCACUCGCUCUGUUCACGCUUUAUAAAGAUGAGGGCUAUAUCUUGUCAGAACACAUGGGGAAAUUCUGUGUUGUUCUUAAGGAGAGCUGUUUGCCAUUGGACAUGCUGAAGGCGUUGUUUCAGGUCAACUAUGUAUAUUGGUUAGAGAAGAAUGCGGGAAUUGUAGGAAGAGGAGUCGUUAAUGAUUCCAAACCUGGCGGGAAGCUGCACAUGUCCCUUGAUUAUGUAACGCGGGAAUUCGACCUUGUCAGAAGUGAUGGGGAAUCAGUAGGUUGGACCACGGACGGCCUCAUUGCGAGGCCAUUGCCAAAUAGAAUUCGUCCGGGCAACAUGGCUCCCUCAGCGAGUAGUUGAUACUGUCAAGGUUUGGUGGUUUUCAUGCAUGGGCAGUUGAAUUGCCAUGAAGAAGCAUGGUGGAUGAAGAUGUGGGAGAGAUCAAAGUGGAUUAGCUGGUUCUUAUCAUCUUUGUCCAUUGUUGGUGAUCAGCACAUCAAUGGGUCCAAUGGUGUGGAGAGACAUAGAGCUAUAAAUGGUUGGAACCCUAAAACACCACACUGCAAAGAUAUCAAUUUGAAUGUGAAUGAUGGACUGACUUUUGUAAGGGUCAAACAAUGGCCAUGAAAGAGAUGUGCAUGUAAUUGUCAAGAGAAGUUGAUAUUCAAUACACGUAGAUGUGGUUUGCUCAAUAUCUCACACAAAUAGAAUUGAAUGUUUCUCAUACACACGGAUUUGAAAUUAAAGAUGAAAUUUGUCC